AGCUGUGACACAUGUGGGAGGGUUCAGUCCAGCCUUCCACCUUCCCCGGACGCUGUUCUGCCGGAAGACUGUAACAGGCAUCAUGGGAUCCCCACUGAAGAGUCUGGUUCAUGAUGAUGAUAGGUACCAGAGAUCCUUCCACCUUUUUCUGGAGCGAUCCUCUGAGCACCAAUGCAUGCGGGACUUCAUCCACAAUAAACUACCUGACAUUCUGUCCAGCAUUGGAGAUGGAAAGUCCCAUCUAAAUGUCAUUGGAGUUGGAAGCGGAGCUGGUGAGAUAGACCUAGAGAUGCUCAACGAGCUACAUAAGAAGCAUCCAGGGGUGACAGUAGAUAAUGAGGUGGUGGAGCCAAGCAGCCAACAGCUACACAACUACAAAGUUUUAGUGUCGCAGAAACCUGAGUUAAACUACAUCAAGUUUACCUGGAACAAGAUGACAGCCUCGGAGUUUGAGGAGCACUGGAAACUGAGCAAGACGACCCAGAAGGCAGACUUCAUUCACAUGAUACAGAUGCUGUACUAUGUGAAGGAUCCCGGUGCUACCAUCAGCUUCUUCCAGAGUCUCCUCGAUAAGAAUGGGAAGCUUCUUAUUAUUCUUGUGUCUGGGGAGAGUGGCUGGGGGAAGCUGUGGCGGAAAUACAGGAACGAGCUCUGCAAUACAGAAAUAAGUCAAUGCGUGACCACUGGAGACAUCAAAAGCCUCCUGGACUCAAAGGGAGUGCGCUACCAGAGCUUUGACCUGCCAUCUCAAAUGGAUAUCACCGAGUGUUUCACGGAGGGAGAUGAGAAGGGGGAGCUGCUUCUUGACUUUCUCACCGAAGUGCUGGAUUUUAAUAAAACGGCGUCACCAGAGCUGAAAGAUGGCGUGUUGGAGCUGCUCCGGCAUCCGGACUGCAGCAUGGAGUCUGAGGGCAGAGUUAUCUUUAACAACAACCUUGGUGUCAUAGUCAUCGAUAAACCAAAUUAAAAACAGAUCAUAGCUGGAGUGAAGGUUAAAUUAGUUAUAGUUGAUUAAAUAUUUUCAAGCACAUUGAGUAUCUUCAAGCUUUAUCCUGUAUUAAAUUUAGUUUUGUAUACAUGUUAAUGAUUUAUGAAUUCUACAGUCCUCUAACAUAGAAUAAAUGUAUAUAUUCCUGUCAAUUUUUAUGAUUAAAUUUAUUUUAUUAUGACAUCAAAGAUAAUUCUUACUCAGUUACAGACAUUAGCUUCAGACUUUUAUCCGGUCAUUACAGCUUUUAAUGAGCUGCUCUUGGCAGGCUGCUGCCCAAACCCCAUUACACUGCUUCUUUCUCCGGGAGUGUUUUAUUCCAACUGUACAAAUAAAUAUAAAAUUGGACAAUUAGCUUUUCAUUGAGAAUCAAUUUAGAUAAGCUUAAAGUAAUUGUACAUUAUGUUUUAAAAUGAUUGAAAGUAUUAUUUCUAGUAGGACUUGAACUGGGUAAGUGAAAACACAGUUGCUCCUAGGAGCCUUUUCUUUAGCUGUCGGUUAAUUUACUUGCAAAAUAAUCUGGGUUUGUUGCUAAUAGAAAAAUUAUAUUGCAGAUUUUAAGCAGCUUUGUUGUAAGCUAAUUUUGUAUUUCUGAAUUCAGAUAACCUUUGGAGUCUCAGUGACGAAUUUUAACAAUCACAUAGAACUUUUGUUUUUUUAAUACACUUUGGUUUAAUUUUUGAUUCAACGUCACCAUAAAUGGUCAAUUAUUUUGGUGAGUAACCUUUUUUAUUUGUACAUGGAAGGGAAUAAAAGACAAAAUGACUUAUUUAAGUAGGAUGUAUAGAGCAAUAUAAAGAUACUGAAGAAAUUUUCUUUUGUAUUUUGUAAAAUUUUCUCUACUUUAAUAACUCUAAGAACAAGUUUGUGCUGCUAAUGAGUGUUGUGCAAAAUCUAGUAGAAAAAUCCAAAAUAAAAACUACACUUGCCUACUGGGAA